AUGUCUGCCAGCAAGCUCGGCCGCACCCUGGCCAAGGGGGUAGGGAUCGAUGUCGACUAUCGACAGGAGCCCAAGGAGUCGAUGCGCACAGCUGCAGAGUCCAUACGGUCAUUGGAACAUUUCGAUGAAGAUGAACCGUCCGCGAAGGAGUGGUUGAUGAACCAUAGACCUACCGUUGCCGGAGCAUCCAGCUACUUCAAUUCUCUCUUCCCUUUCUGGAAUUGGAUCUUCCAUUACAACACCCAAUGGCUCAUGGGUGAUAUCAUUGCUGGUGUCACUGUCGGGUUUGUCGUCGUGCCCCAGGGCAUGGCAUAUGCUCUGCUCGCCAGACUGCCUCCAGAGUACGGACUGUACACCUCCUUUGUCGGCUUCAUCCUCUACUGGGCCUUUGCCACCUCGAAGGAUAUAACUAUCGGUACCGUCGCUGUCAUGUCUACCAUUGUUGGCAACAUCGUCACCAAGGUCCAGGCUAAGGAACCCGACUUCUCAGCACCAACAAUCGCCAGGGCCCUCUCCCUCAUCGCUGGCGGAGUCCUGCUCUUCAUUGGCCUCACCAGGCUCGGCUGGAUAGUCGAGUUCAUCCCCCUGGUCGCCAUCACCUCCUUCAUGACCGGUGCUGCCAUCUCCAUCGCCGUCGGGCAGAUCCCGGCCAUGAUGGGCCUCAAGGAGGUGAACAGCCGAGAGUCGACGUACAAGGUCUUCAUAAACGUCUUGAAAAACCUGGGACACACCAGACUUGAUGCUGCCAUGGGACUGAGUGCCUUGGUCGUGCUCUAUAUCAUCCGAUUCUUCUGCAAUUACAUGUCGGAGAGACAGCCCAACAGACGCAAGAUGUGGUUCUUCAUCUCGACCCUGAGAAUGACCUUCGUCAUCCUGCUCUACACCAUGAUCAGCUGGCUCGUCAACAGGAACAUCACCGACUAUAAAAAGGCCAAGUUCAAGAUCCUCGGAACCGUUCCAAAAGGUUUCCAACAUGCCGGUGUUCCCGAGAUCAAUGGGAGACUAGUCAAGGCCUUCGCUCCCGACCUGCCCGCAACCAUCAUCGUGCUCAUCAUCGAACACAUCGCCAUCUCCAAAUCGUUUGGAAGAAUCAACAAUUAUGUUAUCAACCCUUCUCAAGAACUAGUGGCCAUAGGCUUCACCAACCUCUUUGGCCCCUUCCUGGGCGCCUAUCCCGCCACUGGAUCCUUCUCGCGAACGGCCAUUAAAUCCAAGGCCGGUGUCCGCACCCCUCUCGCCGGUAUCUUCACUGCCGUCAUUGUCCUGCUGGCCCUGUAUGCAUUGACUUCUGUCUUCUACUACAUCCCUCUGGCCAGUUUAUCUGGCCUGAUCAUCCAUGCUGUCGGCGACCUGAUCACUCCUCCCAACGUUGUCUACCAGUUCUGGGAAGUCUCACCGCUCGAGGUGCUCAUCUUCUUCGGAGGUACGCUCGUCACCAUCUUCACCGAGAUCGAGAACGGUAUCUACCUCACCAUCGCGGCGUCUGCAGCCCUGUUGAUCUAUCGCAUCGCCAAGGCAAAGGGUACUUUCCUGGGCCAAGUCAAGGUGUACCGUGUGACCAAGGACAGCAGUCUCCAGAAGAGUGACAGGUUUGGUGAAGAUACCAAGCUGACAUCGAGAGAUGCCUUCUUGCCCGUCGAGCACCAGGAUGGCUCAAAUCCAUUGAUCGAGGCCCAGUCCCCUCACCCUGGUGUCUUCAUCUACCGUUUCAAUGAAGGCUUUACCUAUCCUAACGAGGGUCGCUAUCUCCACAACUUGACUGAGUACAUCUUCAAGGUGACCAGGCGCACGCAGCUCGACACCUUCGCAAAGCUCGGGGAUCGUCCAUGGAACGACCCCGGCCCCCGACGUGGCGAGGCCAUCGACGUUCACGACAACCGCCCCAUCCUCCGCGCCAUCAUUCUAGACUUCUCAUCCGUUAACCAUGUCGACGUCUCCUCCAUCCAAGGCCUCAUCGACGUCCGCAACCAGCUCGACCGCUACGCCGCUCCCGAGAUAGUAGAAUGGCACUUCGCCUGCAUCUCGAACCGAUGGACAAAACGCGCCCUUGCCUCUGCUGGCUUUGGCUACCCGUCUCCCAAGACUCCUGAGCUGUUAGGAAACUGGAAACCUAUCUUCAGCGUCGCUGCUGUGGGUGCGGAGGAGGUCGUAAAUGACAAGUCAGCUGCAUCCCACCGAGCCAACGCGUCGAACCCCACAGCUCCCUCAGACGACCUGGAGAUUGGCCAGGUACCGUCCUCUGACGACGGCGAAUAUGAAGACGAGAAGAGCAGGGGCGUCUCCACCCAUAUCGACUCGGUUCCAAGGUCAAACGCCUUGCCCAGACGGGUUGGAAAUGUGCACUGCAUCAACAGACCCUUCUUCCACAUUGACAUCCAGGCUGCAGUGGAGAGUACCCUUCUCAACAUCGAGACCAGGGCGUCCUCAGCCAAAAACUCGUCACCCCCUAGCGUCACCAAGGGCGUCGUCGAGUGA